GCGGAGCAAAUGCAUUUCGGGAGCUUUCAGUGUUGUAUCAGAAGUGCUCGUUCGCAGAGGUAAACAGCUGGCUGAUCUUUCCAGUAUGCAUGAUUACAAGCGCGUGGACUCCCCGCCGCCCUACUCGGAUGACUUCGCCACCGCUCCCCCUGCGGAGGCCGACAUGCAGCAGAACCUGGCGUCGCCCGCACAUCCCUAUCCGCCGAUACCCGUGAUGACCCAAACCAUGCCGGUGUUGCAGCCCGUAAGCGUGGUGCAAAACCAGACGACAGUGCUGGUGGACACACCCGGCCAGGGAAUGAUCUGUCCCCACUGCAACGCCCGGGUUCGCCUUCGCGUGGAGCACCAUCCCACCGGAUCAACUUACUGCAUGGCGGCGUUGCUCUGCCUAUUCUUCUGCUGGCCCUGCGUCUGCGCCCCUUGCUGCUGCAACUGUUUCUACAAGACCUCCCAGUACUGCCCCAACUGCAAAGCCUGCUUGGGUUCGUUUUGAAGACGCAGCCGAAAACACUCACCGAUUUCAUAUCCACACACAUUUUAUAUGUACAUAACCAACUAUAUAUGUAUCAUAUAAAGACGGCGUCAAAAUGGUGUCUUUAACAUUAAACAUACAUACAAAUAUGUAUAUAUACAUAAAUACAUUCCUCAAUGGACUCUGCUUAGUAAGCAGUGCUUAGCUGACAGCGAAAAAAUAAACAAAUAGAUUUUGAGUCGAA